CUAAGGGGCCCUGUCUCCCCUCGACGCAUCCACUCUCCAGUCGGCCGCCUCCCGCCGCCGCUUCCUCCGUGUCGCCCAGCCUCGCCCGCGCGCAGCCACCAUGAGCCAGGCCUACUCGUCCAGCCAGCGCGUGUCCUCCUACCGCCGCACCUUCGGCGGGGCGGGGGGCUUCCCGCUCGUCUCCCCGCUCGGCUCACCGGUGUUCCCGCGCGCGGGCUUCGGCACCAAGGGCUCCUCGAGCUCGAUGACGUCCCGCGUGUACCAGGUGUCGCGCACGUCGGGCGGGGCAGGGGGUCUGGGGGCGCUGCGGGCCAGCCGGCUGGGGUCGACCCGCGCGCCCUCCUCCUACGGCGCGGGCGAGCUGCUGGACUUCUCGCUGGCCGACGCCGUGAACCAGGAGUUCCUGACCACACGCACCAACGAGAAGGUGGAGCUGCAGGAGCUCAAUGACCGCUUCGCCAACUACAUCGAGAAAGUGCGCUUCUUGGAGCAGCAGAACGCGGCGCUCGCCGCGGAGGUGAACCGGCUCAAGGGGCGCGAGCCCACCCGGGUCGCCGAGAUCUACGAGGAGGAGCUGCGCGAGCUGCGGCGCCAGGUGGAGGUGCUCACCAACCAGCGCGCCCGCGUGGACGUCGAGCGUGACAACCUAUUGGACGACCUGCAGCGGCUCAAGGCCAAGCUGCAAGAAGAGAUUCAGUUGAGAGAAGAAGCAGAGAACAAUUUGGCUGCCUUCAGAGCGGACGUGGAUGCGGCUACUCUCGCUCGGAUUGACCUAGAGCGCAGGAUUGAGUCUCUCAACGAGGAAAUCGUGUUCCUUAAGAAAGUGCAUGAAGAGGAGAUCCGAGAGCUACAGGCCCAGCUUCAGGAACAGCAGGUCCAGGUGGAGAUGGACAUGUCCAAGCCAGACCUCACCGCCGCGCUCAGGGACAUCCGGGCUCAGUAUGAGACCAUCGCAGCCAAGAACAUCUCAGAAGCUGAGGAAUGGUACAAGUCAAAGGUGUCCGACCUGACCCAGGCAGCCAACAAGAACAAUGACGCACUGCGCCAGGCCAAGCAGGAGAUGAUGGAGUAUCGACACCAGAUCCAGUCCUACACCUGCGAGAUCGACGCCCUCAAGGGCACCAACGAUUCGCUGAUGAGGCAGAUGCGGGAGAUGGAAGACCGCUUUGCCAGCGAGGCCAGUGGCUACCAGGACAACAUCGCGCGUCUGGAGGAAGAGAUCCGGCACCUCAAGGAUGAGAUGGCCCGUCACCUGCGAGAGUACCAGGACCUGCUCAAUGUCAAGAUGGCCCUGGAUGUGGAGAUUGCCACCUACCGGAAGCUGCUGGAGGGAGAGGAAAGCCGGAUCAACCUCCCCAUCCAGACCUUCUCUGCUCUCAACUUCCGAGAAACAAGCCCGGAGCAAAGGGGUUCUGAGGUCCACACCAAGAAGACGGUGAUGAUCAAGACCAUCGAGACCCGGGAUGGGGAGGUUGUCAGCGAGGCCACACAGCAGCAACACGAGGUGCUUUAAAGCCAGAGACCCCUCUGCCACCAGAGACCGUCCUCGCCCCUGUCCUCACUGCCUCCUAAAGCCAGCCUCCUUCCAUCCCAGAGCACCACACCCAGCCA